UUUGAGGUUAUAUUAUUACUGCAUUCAUAGGUUAAACUUAUCCAUGCGAUUCUAUGAACGGCGUCUAAAGUAGUUUAAAAUAUUGUUUAAAAAUGUCUGUGUGGAAGAAAGCCGCAAAGACUCACCAGAAGACACAUCGAGAAAGACAUCAGCCAGAGGAGCGCAAACAUUUGGGCAUACUAGAGAAAAAACAGGAUUAUGUCCGAAGAGCGAAAGAUUACAAUGAAAAGAAGGACACCUUAAAACUUCUGCGUAAACGUGCCUUAAACAGAAAUCCAGAUGAGUUUUAUCACCACAUGAUAAAUGCCAAGGUGGAAGAUGGAAAGCAUUUUGAUAAGGAAACUGAAGCAGAAGACAGUCCAGACCAAAUUAAACUUAUGCAGACACAAGAUUUGAAAUACAUUACUUUAAAGAGGUCGGAAGAACGUAAACGAAUAGAAAAACUACAGGCCCAGCUACAUUUGACAAAUGUGGAUCACAUGGUGCAAAACAAACAUAUUUAUUUUGAUGGUGUUGACAAAAAGCAAGUGAAGAAAAAGAAACUGGAGUUACUUUCAGAAGUACACCUACCUGAUGUGGAUGUGGAGAGUUUAGCAGCUAGUACAAGGAAAAGGCAGGCUCUAUACAAUGAACUUGGUAAAAGAAUUGAACGAGAAAGGGAGUUAACAUUGAUUCAGCAAAAGAUUGAAAUGAAUAAACAUUUACAAAAUAAAACCCUCCUGAAACCAAGGAAAGUGAGAAAAGGGAAUAAAUACAGGGCUCCUGUUUAUGAAUGGAAAUAUGAAAGGAAAAAGUAAUGUGUAUAUUUUGUAAUAAAUGUUUUAAUAUAAA